GAUUAUGGGGAUGAUGAGAAUGAUGAGGACGAUGAUAAUAAUUUGAAAACGAGUACAACUUUAGAAGCAAGCACGACGACGACGACUUCUACUACUACAUCGACGACGACGACAACAACAACGACAACAACACCAAAACCAACAGAAGCUGUAUUUUUUCCAAAGAGUAUAACAAAUUAUGAGAGAUCGACUGGAGCUCAAUAUAAUGGGUAUCAAUCGAAAAAUGAUUAUCCACCAAUGUCUGCGCACAGUGUGCAAAAAUGGAAGCACCUUGGUUCUCGGGAAAGUGUCAAGGAAACUAGAGAUAAAUAUCCCGAGUUCAAAAAUAAUGGAAAAUCCGCCGAAGUCAAUGAAGCGCUUCAACAUGCGAUUAAGGUCUCGCGAGAGGGUAGCUGCCAAUGGCCUCGUGCCAGAAUUGUACCAGUUCGAGACGUCUACCCCAGUACAUCGACCACGUACAUUCCACACUGUGCAAUUCUGCACAGGUGCUCUGACGACACCGGAUGCUGUAGGUCGGAAGCACUAACUUGUGUACCAAAACAGUCCCAUCGAGUUGAACUCUACUUCUAUACAACGAAUUUAGAAGGAAGUAGUGUAGUGGAAAAACUAACUUUCUACAAUCACACCGAAUGUGAAUGUCGCGAGAGAACUGAAAUUGGUGUGAAGGUUGAGAAAACGGCGGAAACAAGAUUUGCAAGGCAUCAUCCUCCGAUUAUACCUCAAAAUCUUCGGAAAUUACCGCCAAAAAAACCUUGUAGAUGUCCUUCGGAGUUUUUGCCAAAAAUUACUCCUGAUGCUGAAUGCCAAUGCAAGUGCUCCGACACGGAUCAAAAUUGUAUUAGAACAAGACGUGGAAAAGUCUAUUUCUCAAUUAGAGAUCGUCUAUGCAUUCACAAUGGAGAUUGUACCCAGCCAAUAUGUGAAUUUGGCGAAUACAUGAGUCGUCAAGGAAAAUGUCCAAGAAAACAGGAGCAAUACAGUUUCUAUUCAAAGUACCAUACAAAUGUACAUCAUGGAUUGAGAAGCUAGAAGAAAAAAAAACGAAAAUCAUCUAUUAUUGUUUCUAUAUAUAAAAAUUAAAAAAAUUAAUUAAUAUAAAGAGACGAUAAUAAUUCGAUUUACUACGUGCCAAGUAGCGUAAAAUCGCAACUCAAAGGUGCCAUUUUUUUAUGUGCCUUUUUCUGUCGCCAGAGACUUAUAUAUGUAUAUUUAAAUAAUAUAAUCGAAAACUCACGAUAUUUUUGUACUAUUUUGUGAAAUUUUUAUUCUAAUUCGUCCCAUUUAAUGGCCAAGAUGCCAUAUUUCUAUACGCGAAGAUGAAAACCAGUAAAUAUCGAAUAGUGUUUUUAAAAAAAAAUCAGAAUAGUAAAUAUUGGUUACUAUUUGAAAUUAAAAAUGAAAAAUUAUUAGGCAUUUACUUUUAAUAAAUAUAAAGAAAAUUGAAAAAAAAAUUCACUCCUGCAAUGUAUAGAAAUUUUUUGAAGUUAAUCAAUAAUUAUUAAAUUUGUGUUCACGUAUUUCAAUACAUAUAGUGACGCUUGUAUUUUAUUUUUACUUUAUAAGAAAAAACUCUUCCAUCGAUUUAUUUCAUUGAUAAUUUUUCCAAAUUCUUCUUGUAUGCUAUUAAUUAUUUCUUAAAUUAUAUUAUUUAAAAAAAUCACAAAAAAUAACACUUUUUACAAAGAAAAAAAAAAUUUAACUAUAAAUAAAAAAUACUUUUUAAAAUUUUAUUUUUGAAAUACUUUUUCUACGCUUUGGAAUUAAUUGCUUUGGCAAAAAAUGUAUUUUCAAUUCAUUUUUGUAUCACGAAUACUGAAUGUUUAAAAAAAUAAUGAAAAACAGUAAAAAUUUUCUAAUAUUUCGAAAUUAUAAAAUUUUGCUGUCUUUCGUUAAUAUGGUAUUAUUCGAUGAGAAAAGUAAAGAGAAAUCUUUUGUAUAGUAAUAAGAAGCUAUAUAUAUAUACUAUAUUUAUAUAACAAGAUUUGUCUUGUAGUAAAACUUUUAUAAAUAAAUAUUUAUAGGUCUUAUGCUUUUUAUGUAAAAUAAAAUAACGAGAAUACGUUUUCUUUUUUUUCGAGAAAAAGAUAAAAACGUGUUAAAAUAUGAAUUUUUCAUUAUAAUUUCUUUUAAAAAAGAUGACUUUGUCCUUUUAUGUAAUUUUUAAAUUGUUUUAAUAUCCGAGAAGAUAUUAAAACUAUGUGACAAAGAGAUUAUAGUUUUUAACACGAACUCAAAAAUUUUUAUGCCAUUAUUAUUUGCGUAAUAAAACAACGAUUUUAAGACAAAAAAAUUUGUUUGUAGAAUUUUUUUUUAUAAAUUUUAAAUUAAGAUAUUUGUAUGAAAUUUGUAUAAAUUACAUAAAAAAAGGAUAUAGCAGCAAAAAAGAUCAAAAUAAAGAUGUUUUGGACAA